CCUGAGCUCCAUGUGCCAAACUUCUGACCGCCGAGUCUUAAAAGAUCAUGAGACGGUUUGGGCGGCGGACAGCGCGGGCAGAGGUCAUGUACGGCUGUUUGGACGUUAACCGGACUUUUAGGGAAACGCUCGUCGGAACCCGUCGGCUUCUUUCACACUGAGGACGAAUCUAGCUAGUAGGACCGAGCGAGGCACAACUUCUGCCGGAGCACUAGCCGGAGACGGAGCGGGGAGACGGCGACGGAGGUCGGCGCCCAAACAGCCGUCGAGAAGAGCGGGUUUUACAUUUUACGGAGCGGACCAGUUAUUUAUUUAGCCACAAUGCUCAAGCUUUGCCUACAGAGGGCUCUCCGACCGGCCGCACAGAAGUUACCGUCGGGACUGAAGCGGGCACCGCCGGCGGUGCUGGUGGCUCCGAGGCUGCCGGGGACCGGGCGGCACACGCCGAGCUGCUGGAUGGGCACACACGGGAGAAACGAGCCGAGGGAGCCGCUCAACUCCCCAAAGAGAGCCAAGGAGUUUAUUUACCGCCUCCAGCCCAAGGAGAGGACGUGUUUACUGAAGGAGCUGCAGAGUUUCGAGUCCAUAGCCAUCGCUCAAGAGACCCAGGAGCCCUCGCCGCCGACUGCAACGCAGAUCAGAUACGUGUUGUUCCAUAACGCCCUCCCCUUUGUUGGGUUUGGUUUCCUUGAUAAUGCCAUCAUGAUUGCAGCAGGAACACAGAUUGAACUCUCUAUUGGGGUCACCUUAGGGAUCUCCACCAUGGCUGCUGCAGCUCUGGGGAACCUGGUCUCAGAUUUGGCAGGUCUCGGUCUUGCAGGUUAUGUGGAGGCUCUGGCUUCCAAACUGGGGAUGCAGGUUCCAGAUCUGACGCCCAAACAGGUGGACAUGUGGCAGACCAGGCUCAGCUCUCAUAUGGGUAAAGCCAUCGGCGUGUCCAUCGGCUGCAUUUUGGGGAUGUUCCCGCUGCUUUUUCUGGAUGAUGAGAAGGAGAAAGAAGCACAAGCCUGCGGUGACACAGAAUCCCACUCCUCCUAAGGAGCCGCCGCGGCUACACAACACCGUCACACCUACAAACUGCUGAUGUCAACUUUAUGAAAAGAAUUUACAGUUUGAUGUUUCUCCGUGUUGCUCAGGCGGCGUUCACGCCACCUGGGUUUUUGGUGCCUGCUGUGAACGCUGCCUGAGCAGCUCCCAGGAUGGGACGUGCUCACCUGUCCCUGUCCCUUCUGUCCAAACAUCAGCCUCAGCUGCUGAUUCCAAAGCAAAGCUGUGCAAAAUUUAAAAAACAAAAAAUGUCCAGCAGCCAGUUUCUCUGUUUUACCAGCCACCAGUCCAGAAACUUCCAGCUGUGACUGGUGAUCAUUUCCCAUCCUGACAGUAGAAGCACAAACACCGAAUACUGACCAACUGUUGCAGCAGUUGGAACACUAUUGCAUGGUUUGAGCGUUUUUACUUUUUAAUUUUUUUUUCUGUAAAUCUUCAGCAGAAACUUUAUACCUUUGAAAACACUGUCUGUUCAUUUUGGGUCAAAAAGAGCGAAUGUCUCGUCGCUUCAGCUGAAACUCGGCAGACUCAGUGGUCACUUCUUCAGUUGUUUACCAUUUCGUGCAUCUUUAAACUUACACACACAAAAAGAAAAAAAUGUAAAUGAAACAAACGGGAACAGUGUCAUCUGCUACCUCGAGAAAUACUUUUGGUGUUUUGCAUGAAGAACUGAUGUAGCUCUGUAAUCAGACUUUUUAUUUCUGUAUCAGAUGGUGUGUAAUAUGCUGGAAAGCCUUCAGAUGUUUUGCAUGGGAGGCGCUCGGUGGUGAUGCACAUGAUUUGGAAACUGUAGUUGCUAUUUUCAGUUUUGGGCUUUACACUAAUAUUUGCUUUCCAAGGUCUCCACCAUCUAAUUUUUUCUUUUUCCUCUUCACUCCUUUCUCACACACAGACUCUUGACUUAGCUCCAGCUUCUGUGUAAUCAGUUUUUUAGCUUUAGUUUCAUCAGACUUGAAGCUCCAGAUGGUUGGAGUUUGCCACAGUUUUACGAUGACAGGUCGGCUCAGCAGAGGUCUCAGUUUCUGGUGCGACUUCUCUCUCACAUACUCGAGCUUCCAGCAUUUAGUCAAGAUGCUUUUUUUAAAUUACAGUUUGAUCCUGGGGGGGUGGAGGGGGGGUGGGGGCUGGUUCAGGUGGUGACCGAAGAGUUUGCACAAUAUCUUCAUGAGUGUUUGGACUCGGCAGCAGAAGAUCUUUAUGUUUGUCAUACGUUUUAAUCUUAUGGCAGGUUGAUCAAUAAGCAGUCACUAAUUAAGGAUUGAUACAGCAUGCAGUUUGUUACUGUGGACAAACUCAGCUUGUAUGUGUCUGUUUCAUCUCACGUUAAUAUCAUGUUGGUGUAUCCAGAGGAUGAAGGUUUUCUACAGGACGAAGGUGUGAAGGGUUUUUAUUGGGUUUUAUUUUUUUUCUCUGCUCUUGACAAUGAUGAUGAUAAUAUUUUGAAUAAUUUCAUUUUUUAAGCCAAAAAAAAAAAAAAAAUGUUUGAAAGCAUGAACAAAGUAUGUCGUCUCUUAAAGUCUGUCAGUUAAAGGAAUGCUGUGUUGUUCUGCCAUCUAGUGGACAGUCUGGAGCAGCAGCAGCAGCUGUGCACUGAUACGUGUAUGUAAAACCAGUGACUGAAGGAGUGAUUAUACAGCAUCUAUGUAUUUUGCAACAUCAUGUGCAAUUUAAAAUAAGACAAUAAAUUUGGGAGUCUUUACCUCUG